ACAAAUCUGUUUGUUGUUAUUGCACAGUUUUGAUGACAUUUGAAUUUCUUUGAGUAAAAAGAAACAAGAAGGUUUAUUAAAUCAGAAACUUUCUGUAAUAGCAUCCCAGACAAGUCCCCAAGUUUUGCCGUGGCCCCCUAUGAAAAAAACACUAUGAAGGAGGACCCACAUAAACAGCCAGAGAUAAACUGUCAAAGCUGACUGGUAAAACUUGCAAACAGAGCUUGUUAAACAUGGCAAAGAAAAAAAAGGUCGAGAGCAGAUUCCAAUUCAACACAGAACUCCAAAGACAUUGCAACAUUUACCAGGAUACUAGACAGUCUCCUGGAUGGGUAUGACAACAGACUCAGACCUGGUCUUGGAGACCGAGUGACAGAAGUAAAGACAGAUGUCUAUGUGACCAGUUUUGGACCAGUGUCUGACACAGAUAUGGAAUACACAGUGGAUGUUUUCUUCCGUCAGAACUGGUUAGACGAGCGACUGAAGUUUCACGGACCAAUGGAAAUCCUUCCUCUCAACAACCUGAUGGCCAGUAAGAUUUGGACACCUGACACCUUUUUUCAUAAUGGCAAGAAAUCUGUGGCCCACAACAUGACCAUGCCCAACAAGCUUCUGAGGAUCAUGGAUAAUGGAACGCUGCUCUACACCAUGAGGUUAACAGUUCAGGCUGAGUGUCCCAUGCAUCUGGAGGAUUUCCCCAUGGACUCACAUUCAUGCCCUCUGAAGUUUGGCAGCUAUGCCUACACAAAUACAGAGGUAACAUACAUGUGGAGAAGAAAUGCCUCCCAGUCAGUAGAUGUAGCAGAUGAUGGAUCCAGGCUCAACCAGUAUGACUUGGUGGGACAGACUGUUGGAAAGGAGACCAUUAAAUCCAGCACCGGUGAAUACACAGUGAUGACAGCUCACUUCCACCUGAAGAGGAAGAUCGGAUACUUUGUAAUCCAGACGUAUCUGCCCUGUAUCAUGACGGUCAUCCUCUCCCAGGUCUCCUUCUGGCUCAACCGGGAAUCGGUGCCAGCUAGAACUGUGUUUGGUGUGACCACAGUUCUCACAAUGACCACCCUGAGUAUCAGUGCCCGUAACUCUCUGCCAAAGGUGGCCUAUGCUACUGCAAUGGACUGGUUCAUCGCCGUCUGUUACGCGUUUGUCUUCUCUGCUCUCAUUGAGUUUGCCACUGUUAACUACUUUACCAAGCGAGGCUGGGCCUGGGAUGGAAAAAGUGCUGUCAACGACAAGAAAAAGGAAGCAGCUGUCAUGAAGAAGAACAACGCCUACGCUGUAGCUGUGGCAAACUAUGCGCCCAACAUCACUAAAGACUCAACACUGCCCACCAUCUCCAAGUGCACUCUGAACGAGCCCAACAAGAUCACAGCGGAGACAAAGCCUGAGCAGAACAAGAAAACCUUUAACAGUGUCAGCAAGAUCGACCGCAUCUCCCGUAUCAUGUUCCCUGUGUUGUUCGGCACCUUCAACCUGGUCUACUGGGCCACCUACCUGAACAGAGAACCAGUCAUCAAAGACCUGGAUCCGUCCAAAUGAGCAGGAGGAACCCAGUACAACAUACCACACAUUCAGGACAAUAACAUUUAUUUAUAUUUGUUUCGUGGUUUUUUUUUUUUUUUGUUUUUUUUUCUAAAUUCAGGUUCUGGUAAGUUACUUUCUCUCAUUAGUGGACACAGUUUUGCAUAUAGGUGCACAUUUUUUAAGUAGCUUAGAGCACACAGCUUUGUCCAAGAACGUUUCUUAAAGAUAUGAUAUAAAAUCACAGCAUAAACCAUGAUAACUGAAAUGCUGCAGAAUGGUGCUCUGCAGUUCCCCUCAGGUCUAACAGUGUUUUCUCUUCACCUUUAAUCACUUUAUAAAAGUUCUGAUAAAAAUCACUGUCAACAACCUGCUUAGAUCCAAUCAGCAGAAAGACGAGGCAUUGACGUGUUUAAAAUAUUAGGUACAUUUUGUGGUUCAUAGGAAUGUGCCUUUCCAAUCACAAAUACUACAAAAAUCACAUGUAAUAUCUGGUUAUGUGUUUAAUACUGCUCCAACCACUAUCAAUAGUCUAUCUAUCUAUCUAUCUAUCUAUCUAUCUAUCUAUCUAUCUAUCUAUCUAUCUAUCUA